UUGCGGACGAUCUCCAGCCAUCAGCAGCACCAUGAGGAUCAUGAGGAGCACGGUGCUCGUGGCAAUGGUGGCGGCGGUGGUGCUCGCCGAGGACGCCAAGCCGGCCGAGAAGAAGCAGGAGAAGCGCGGGCUGGUGGACGUCGGCUACGGCUACGGCGGCCUGGACCACGGCCUCACCAGCCACAGCUACAGCAGCCUCGACCUCGGCGGCUACGGCCACGGCGCGCACUCACACCACGAGACCGUCAAGACCGUCACCCUGACCAAGGAGGUGCACGUGCCCUACCCGGUGCACCACGUCAAGAACAUCCCCGUCCCCGUCAAGGUGCCCUACGACGUGCCCCGCGCCAUCCCCGUCGAGAAGCCCUACCCCGUGCACCACGUCAAGAACGUGCCCGUCCCCGUGCACGUCAAGGUGCCCGCCCCCUACCCCGUCCACGUCGAGAAGAAGAUCCCCGUCCCCGUCAAGGUGCCCUAUGACGUGCCCCGCGCCAUCCCCGUCGAGAAGCCCUACCCCGUCUACGUCACCAAGGAGGUCCACGUGCCCGUCGAGAAGAUCGUCCCCUACCCCGUGCACGUCCCCGUCGAGGUGCCCAGGCCGUACGAGGUCAAGGUCAUCAAGGACAUCCCCGUGCCCGUCGAGAAGCACGUGCCCUACCCCGUCAAGGUGCCCGUCGACCGCCCGUACCCCGUGCACGUGCCCCAGCCCUACCCCGUGCACCACGUCAAGAACAUCCCGUACCCCGUGGAGAAGACCGUCCCCUACCCGGUCGAGGUGCCCGUCAAGGUCCCCGUGCCGCAGCCCUACCCCGUGGAGGUCGUCAAGGAGGUGCCCGUCCCGGUGCACGUCAAGCAGCACUACGACCACGGCCACUACGGCCACGACUACUAGAGCAAGACUGUGAUCCUUCAUCCUUCAUCCGCACGCCAUCACGCGCCAUCACGCCAUUUGUACAUUUCGCACCUCAUCGUGAAACUCUCCUCUUUCACCUGAUAGCAAAGUCGACAGUUUCACCGCCAGCAUCUCAUGCCGCCGCGCCGAGCGAGUCUCCCUCGUCCUGGACCGAGGACGCGUCCGGGGACGAGAACGGGUGUAAAUAAAUAAAUGAAUGAACAAAUCAAAGAUAAUAAAUGAGACGAUAGGUAAGAGAA